UUUAUCAUUCGGGUCGUGUCAGUUUUCUCCUCAGUCUCAGUCAGACACAUAAUGGCGGAGAUUUUGUUGUUUUUUGUAAUCGAACAAUUCCGGUAAUGUUUUUUUCAGUAAGUGUUAAGUUGAAAGUAUGUGCAUAGUGUAAAAUAAACCUUUUUAAUUUUUUGACAUUGACUUGAAAACGUUGUUGAAUCGUUAAGUAUGGAGUGCGUGAACGUGUCGCUGGACUUAUUGAAUUAGUGUGUAUCGUUGGCGUGUCGUGUGCCGUGGAGGCGGUGGAGGGUCUCGCUGGGACGCUGUAGAGGGCUGCGGCGAAAGGGCGCCUCGCGAUGGGGGCGCAGCAGGCGAAGGAGCGCGGCACGGCGAGCGGCGCGUCCAUGCGCUCGGCGCGAACCAAGCCUCGAGUGCCGAGGGUCCCCGGCAUGCUGGGCUCCAAUAUAUUCACCGAACACAGUGAGGCAUUGCUGCAGAGCCGCCCGUUGCCGCACAUCCCCGACCUGCCGGACGGCGAGGGCGCCGCCGCCUCCGCCGCAGCCGCUGCCGCCGCAGCCGCCGCUGCCGCCUCCGCCGCGCCCAGUACGCCGCAGCCGCUCGACACCGCCAACAGAUGGACGUCGAAGGAGAAUCUGCUGGCUCACCAUGAGGACGAGGACCCGCAGCUGUUUGUGGCGCUGUACGACUUCCAAGCGGGCGGCGAGAACCAGCUCAGUCUCAAAAAAGGUGAGCAGGUGCGCAUAAUGAGCUACAACAAGAGCGGCGAGUGGUGCGAGGCGCACACGCUCGGCGGCGGCGUGGGCUGGGUGCCCAGCAACUACGUCACGCCCGUCAACUCGCUCGAGAAGCACUCGUGGUACCACGGGCCCAUCUCGCGGAACGCCGCCGAGUACCUGCUCUCCUCGGGCAUCAACGGCAGCUUCUUGGUGCGCGAGUCCGAGUCUAGUCCCGGCCAGAGGAGCAUAUCGCUGCGGUUCGAGGGGCGCGUGUACCACUACCGCAUCAACGAGGACUCCGACGGGAAGGUGUACGUGACGUCGGAGUCGAAGUUCGGCACGCUGGCGGAGCUGGUGCACCACCACUCGGUGCUGGGCGACGGGCUCAUCACGCAGCUGCUGUACCCGGCGCCCAAGCGGAACAAGCCCACCGUGUUCCCGCUGGCGCCGCCCGACGAGUGGGAGAUCGACCGCACCGACAUCGUCAUGAAGCACAAGCUCGGCGGCGGCCAGUACGGCGACGUGUACGAGGCCACCUGGAAGAGGUGCAACAUCACGGUGGCGGUGAAAACGCUGAAGGACGACACGAUGGCGCUGAAGGACUUCCUGGAGGAGGCGGCGAUAAUGAAGGAGAUGCGGCACCGCAACCUGGUGCAGCUGCUGGGCGUGUGCACGCGCGAGCCGCCCUUCUACAUCAUCACGGAGUUCAUGUCGCGCGGCAACCUGCUGGAGUACCUGCGCGCCGCCGCCGCCGCCGCCGCGCCCGACGCCGUCGUGCUCAUGUACAUGGCCACGCAGAUCGCGUCCGGCAUGAGCUACCUCGAGAGCCGCUCCUUCAUACACAGAGAUCUGGCGGCGCGCAACUGCCUGGUGGGCGAGAACCACCUGGUGAAGGUGGCGGACUUCGGGUUGGCGCGGCUGAUGCGCGAUGACACGUACACCGCGCACGCGGGCGCCAAGUUCCCCAUUAAGUGGACCGCGCCCGAGGGGCUCGCCUACAACACCUUCAGCACCAAGUCGGACGUGUGGGCCUUCGGCAUCCUGCUGUGGGAGAUCGCCACCUACGGCAUGUCGCCCUACCCGGGCGUCGACCUCGCCGACGUCUACCACAUGCUCGAGAAGGGCUACCGCAUGGAGUGUCCGCCGGGCUGCCCGGGGCCGGUGUACGAGCUCAUGCGCGGCUGCUGGCAGUGGAGCCCCGCCGACCGGCCCAGCUUCCGCGACAUACACCACGCGCUCGAGCACAUGUUCCAGGACAACUCCAUCACCGAGGAGGUCGAGAAGCAGUUACAAGAGGGCGGGUGUUCCGGCUCGGGCGGCACGCCGCAGAUGUCGCUGAAGAAGAGCGGCGGCGGCGGCGGCGGCGGCGGCGGCGGCAGCGCGGGAGGCGAGCGCGGCGUGCAGAUGCGGCGGCCGACCAACCGGCGCGGCAAGCAGGCGCCCACACCGCCCAAACGGACCAGUCUGCUGUCGUCGUGCAGCUCGUUCCGCGAGUCGCAGUACGCGGCCGAAGAGCACUCGCCGCACGACGACUCGCUCGCGUCGCUCAAUGGCGGGGCCCGCGGCGGUGGCGGUGGCGGUGGCGGGGGUGGGGGUGGUGGUGGGGCGCGGGAGGCGUCGUCCGAGGGCUCGCUGGCGGAGGCGACGCCCGACACGGACGAGUCGGCGGGCGGCGGCGAGCAUCGCCACCGCGCCAAGCGACGCCACCACGCGCACCAGCAUCUACACCACGCCCACGCCCACCAGCACCACGCCUCCUCCGGUGGGGGUGGCGGCGGCGGCGGCGGCCAGCACAACCUCCAGCCCAAGCAAGAAGUACAAGUGGCCGCCUUAGAAGUGCAGAAUGUAAAGAGAGCUAUUCACCGCUACGGAACACUACCGAAGGGAGCUCGUAUCGGUGCGUUUUUGGAGUCCUUGCGACAGAGCGGCAGCGCGAGUGGUAGCGGUAGCGGGGGCGGGGGCGGGGGCGGAAACGUGGUGGGCGGCGUGAGUGCGGCAACGCGUCGCGAGCCGCCGCAAGACGAAGCGCGGUCGUUGUCGCCUCGCACGGCGCGCACGCAGCCGCAUAUGAUCCGGUCCAACUCGUCCGGCGGGGUCACCGCCCCCGCGCCGGCCUCCCCGCGCACCGCCCGCGCCGCACCCCCGCUGCGCUCCUUCACCAACAGUCCAGCGAAACCUCGGCCGCGACUCGCCGAGCUGGAGUUCCCGCCGCCACCCGCUGAUCUACCACCGCCACCGGAAGAGCCGCAACCGCCGCCGCCGCCGCCACCCCCGCCGGACUGUUGCCGCGACGCCGGCACCGACACAGCCGUCGAUGACACAUCCGCUAGCGCUGACCGCAUCGACCCGGAACUCAAACUCACCAAGCAGACUAUGAAGGAAAUGCUCGAGUUGAAAUUGGUAGCUGAAAUCAAGGAGCGCGCGGAUAAGAAGAAACAGCUUAAAGAGUCUCCUCCCCCCCAUGAACUGAUAGAAAUGCACACGUCGUACGGCGACCCCGCGGCGCGACUCGUCACUGAGCUGUCGGCCAGUCUUAAUAUGGAGGCGUUACGCAAGUCAGAUAAAAAAGUGGACAGCACUAUUAAAACUAUGGACAAUGGUAAGGAAACCGUGUCGCCCAUAGAUUUGAAAGCGAGUCUCAGGAAGACGGUGUAUAAUAACAAUAUCGAUCAAAAGAAAAGUAAUUUGGAGUCUAAAUCUAAUACAGACUUUAAAUCGCAAUUGAAGAAAGUAGACACGAAUAAGAAAAUUAAUAAUUGUAGUAAGGAGCCUGAAGAGUCGGGCCGCUCUAUAAUAGAUUUCAAGUCGCGACUACGAAAAGUCGAUAGUGGUACGGUGGCCACUAACGGUAGCGUGAAGAAGCCAGAGCAGACUUCGCCUGAUGACAAAGAAUUGAAUUCGCGUAAAACUGAGGACUGUGAAAGGAAACGGUCCGAGAGUGGUUCGUUAGAUGCGAGCGGCGGUGACGAGGAGGACAAGAGGCGGAGCACUGGUAGCAUUAGUAGUUUGAAAAAGUUGUGGGAGAACAAGGACACGGAGGAGCGGCUCAGUCCUAAAAUGAGAGCGAAGGGUGAGGUGGAUGGUGAGGAGACGUCGUCCGAGGAGCGCGGCGGUGGGGUUAGCAUCGGGCGCAGUGGCAGUGUCGACUGUCGGCGCGAUGAGAAGCCCGCCGUGCCCAGCAAGCCGGCCGUGAAGAGCAAGCCUGUUGGCAAGGGCGGGAUAUACGCGACUCCGCUCGGGACCGCCGGUGGAGGUGGUGCAGCGGCGGGCGAGGAGGCGGAGAAGCUGGACGUGCUGGCGAGUGUGCGUGCGGGCCUGGAGUUGUGCACGAGCGAGAUGCGGCGCGCGGGCGGCGGUGGCGGCGGCGGAGGUGGCGGGGGCGGGAGCGGGGGCGGGGGGCGUGACUCGCUGUGGCGGCUGCAGAUGUCGGAGCGGCUGGCGCAGCUGUCGCUGCGGUGCGCGGACGCGGCCGCCGCCUGUCGCUCCAAGCCGCAGCUGCGAAUACAGUUCCGCGCCGCUGCCGCCCGCCUCGAGUCCGAGGCGCUUGCACUAGCGUCGCCCGCGCCGCCAGCCGCACGCUCUCCGCACGACGACAUCGAGUUUGCGCUGCGGGAACUCGCCAAAAUCGUCAACAGGUAAACGCCGCACGCCGCACGCCGCUGCUACGAGUCCGGCGCGUGCUGCCGCGUGGUCGCCCGCCCACGCCCACGCCCACGCCCACGCCCACGCCCACUACCACCGCGACGGUCGCGCCACACGCGCCACUAUCGCACCACACUCGCCGCGGUACACUAGUCGAUACAUAUAGCGCUCCAUCGAUACAUCCGUGUCGCCACGUUGCCAACACUUGCAUAAUAUAUACAUACAUAAACAAUGAAUACCACAUAAUUUGUAUAAAGAGCUACUUUUUUUAAAAUUCUCUGAAAUAUUCGUACAACUAUCGCUGUGCAAUAUACAUAUAAUAACCACUGGAUCGGACCACACUAUGUAACUAAUGUGUACGUGGUCUCAUUAGAAUAUUCGAUAACGCUCUAGUGUCCGCUUACUAUAUUAUCUAUAACUACGUAAUACGUCUGCAAUAAACCAAAGAUACCCGAAUACGAUGUUGCAACGUUCACAAUCUAUUCAUAUACUUGGCUUAUUUAGUAAAAAUCUUGAUCGUUUUAUUAAAAUUUAUAAAAUAAAAUAAAAAAUAUACAACAUCAAUUCAAACAACAAACUUUUUAUAAGCAUAAAGUUAGCAAAUAGUUCGUUUGCUAACUGUAUGCUUCGUAUUAUAAAAGAUUAUUUACUUAAUGUGCCGAGCAAUAAAAAAAAUAUAGAGCGGAUCGUCACUGAGAUAAGUAUUUUGUAUAGAAACUAUUACAUAUACGACAUAUUUAUAUGAUGACGAUGAUAUGUAUAUCAGGAGAGUUGUGUAUAUAACGGAAUUAUGUAACUCGGACUGUUUGUCACUCGCAAUUUGGGGAAAGCUGCUCAUAUUGUAUAAUUUAUAAUAAAGAUAAUCAUGAGAUGUGUAUUGCGCUGUCAAAUAUACGGGCAGUGGCAACAUACUAUUGAUGGAUUUCUACUAUAUAGUGUGUUACAUGUACAGUUUAGGAUUAAACUAGUGAGAUUGUUUUAAUUUUAAUUUAAAUUUAAGUAUUAUUUUUCUGCAACUUGAAAUAGUACAUAGAAAGUGGUAAACGUCGCCUAUGGACAUGGACAACUCCACGCACCGCCUGUGUUGCCAUGUAAUGGUGAGCGCUGUAUGUUUGGCAGCGUGAUAUAGCCGCAGGGUGGCGCGGCCGAGCCGCCGCCGCCGCUGGCAUACCAACGAAUACUCUGCUUAGUUGUAAGUGAGGACGGUUCGCGUGGACGGGCCAGGCUCGCAGUACAAACGGUGUACAAACGAUGCGGCAGCGGCCCGCCGGCGACUACAAUCUGGCUUCCGUAUAUAAUUUGUACAAGUAUUACGAGUGUGUGCGUGUGUGUGUGUGUGUGUGUGUGUGUACGUGUGCGUGUGUGCGUGUGCGUGUGCGUGUGUCGCGUAGUUGUGGUGACGCAUGCCCGGGCGGACCCGGCACGAGUCCACUCGGUUAUGUGUGAAGACUGACGAACAGGUAUUCCUCGAGAUUGCAUGUGCUCCUCUAUCUAUAGGUAGGUAUGGUUGAAAACGAAUGACGCACCAAAACAACGCGGUCCAUCACUCUCCCGACUCACAUCACAUCACACUCCCGCUGCCCGGGCCGACGUGUACACCGUACAGCACAGCACGUUCCAUCACUGUAUCACGGAGCGCUUCCACCGAUCACUGUUUCACACCAUCUGCAGUUGAGGCAAAAAGCUAUUUUUUUAUGUCGGUUAAAUAAGGUUUUUUUACUUUAGCAGAAUUUGAGUUGUCAAAAUUAUAUUUUAAAAAUGCCGAUGCAUUGGCAAGUAUUGUUAUUAAACAGUGUUGCUAGUCUGGUAACGUGAUCCAGUGACAGAAUACGUGUAAAUGUCUAAAUGCAAACGCCAAGCGCUGUUGUACCAAUGCUGUUAGCGGUUGGAUUUUUUUCUCGACUCCAAAACCCACUACAUUUACCCUGUUUCAAUAAUUGUAACAUUUGACUAGUGUAGACGUUCAAUUUCAGUAAGAGAGAGAGUUCAGUAAGAGGCCGGCGACAGUGGCCCGCUAGCAGCGGUCUAGCGCCCGCUCCCACUGACGUCGCACUGUCUCGUGGCUAGCCGUUCCUCCCGAUUGACUGAUGUCCACAAUCGAGAAUUUCUUGAACAAUAUGUCUGAUUAACUGUCUUCCAUUUAACCGUUCAUCACGAGACCUACUUGCCUCCGCAUCGCCUCGUAGUCGUUCCUCGCCUCGAUAACGUGUAACGCUAGAUAGCUAGUGCUGUCGACUUGAAAUCUGGAUAGCUUUCAAGUCGAUGGCGUUGGUAGUUGAGCGAGAUGUUGCGCCGUGACCGACAGACCGACGAAUCAAACGGACUUAGUUGUGCAACGGACAUCAUUAAUUUUUUUUUAUAAUUGUCAUAUUUAGUACGCAUAUCUAUUUUCGAAAUUGAUCAUUUUAAAUUAAGAUACAAAAUUAAUAUUUAUAAUAUAUUUUUUUCUAGCCAAUUGUUAUUUCGAGAUUGCUUACAACUGAUGCAAAUUAAAAAAAAAACAGUUGUAUAUUUUGGGGUGAUACUCGUAAGUGACUGGCGACGUCCAUCAGAUGUCGUUGUCGUUGUUGAUGCCGAGCCAUUAUUACCUCGGUGGUGGCGUCCAGAGACGUUAAAUGGUCGGCGACUUUGUAUGAGCGAUGGCAUUUCUUGUCGAUGUCCGACUCCCUUCUUCCCUUCCUCCUCGACACCAAUCACCGCAUACAUGCACCGGACCCCGGCGACGCUUGCUAUGGGCCCCGGCCCGCCUUUGCAUUUAAAGACUGUCAGUAACGAUCGGUUUGUUUUGGGCCUAUUUAUAUGACUAUGAAAUUUAAUUAUAGUUACGCGUCACAACUAAUGCGUCUCUGGUCUUGUAUAGUUGAUAUUAUUUGUGAGAUAUCAUGAGACAAAUGUAUUAUUUAAGUUAGCGUACUGUGAUACGGCUUAUAAAAACGUAGUAUGUGGUCGAAGCAAACUACGCCAUGAACAGCGGACUGCGCUGCGCGCGCGCUUGUUUUAUUUAUUAGCACGCUUGUUGCCGGAGCCGCACAGUUGCGUGAGCAUCGCACGCACGAGUAGUUCACGUGACGCGUACGAGCCGCGUCAGUGGCGCCGUAUAUGAACUAUUAUUAUAUGUUAUUUGCAGUGCGAGUCUAGUUUGUUUCGAUCAACAAUUAUGCUCAAUAUUUUCUUUUUCUCUUUACUUGUAUUAAUCAAAAAUAUUAGGGUAUUUUAAUAAAGUGUAUCUAUACAUAUACUAUUGGAACGGUCGCCGUGAUCGAACACGUGACAUUUAUAUUGAAAUUAUAAGUAUAAUACUGAUUGUAUGCUAGUCUUUAUUGUAAUGAUACAUGUAUUUCGUUUUAAGAGUAAACUACGUAAAUACGUAAGGUCUUUGAAUUAAUUUACGUACAAGCAUGGAUCCAUUAUCAAUAAUAAUAACCGUGAUAUCUUUAAGAAUUUUGUACUAGGAAGUGGGGAGGCGUGGUACGAGCCCCCCCACUCUCCUCUCCCCACCCCGUGCCGCCACGUACCAACCGGACGUGCAAUGAACUAGUGCAACCCGGCGUCGCUCUGGACAUGGUGAGGCGCGCGGCCACCACCGCCGACUCUAACGGGCGAAGCUCAACUUGACGAAUUUAUUAGAGGGCGGUAGGAGCGAGGCGAAGUGUUGUCUGGCGGAGGUGUCGGCGGUGUGUGGUCGCGUGCGCACUAGUACGCCCGGGGAAUGAGCCCUGAACAUUCAGCCAGCAGGAUAGUGUACAACAAUCUGUUUCUAAAGGAGUUUGGUUAAAACUGCGUUCAGAGCGACACCUACGUUUGAAAAUACAUUUCCAUAUCUAUUAGCAAUAAUGUUUAAUCACUAGUUGUCUCUGACGUUCAAAGCGAUAUCACCCCUCCACUCGGCGGCGCCUGUAUUUCUGGCGUGCUGUACAUGUUCUCUCGAUGUUUUAUGUAUAUUUUAGAGCAUGUUAUAGGAGCGCUGAAACAAAACUAUAUUGUGUUGACUGUUGCGGGCCACGCCGCCCCUUGACUGUUUGUUAUCAGCAGGCUCUGAUGCAAUUUGUUCUCAUAAUAAACUAGGAUUCAUUAUUUACUUACAUAAUCAUGAAGUGAUAGACAUAUUGUAUUUCCUCUCUAAUGUGUUCAGACGUAGUUAGUAUCUACUAUUUAGCAUUUUUUUGCUAGGGCCUUUAAUAAACUAUUUUUUUCUUACCUAUAAGUCUACUGUGGCAGUCUUCAGUUUCCUUCACUAUUAAAUAAUUUGUUAUUUAAAUUUUUACUUACCUGUAUACUUUAUUAUGUUUCUAGUUUACUUUAAGUAUAGAACUUCCAAGUUUGAAUGUAUGUAUAUUUGAAGUACUCCGCGUUAUGGAUGCUUCUGAGAUUGGAAUAAAUGAUGUAGAGUUUUUUUUUUUUAUAUGUAAAUAUAGUCCCCAAGGAGCAAAUAAGAGUGCUAACUUAAGUGAAUAACUUAGUGCUUAGGUAGACGGCGCCGAGUGGAGACGGUGCCCCGCUAGUGACGUGUUGCCGUACGUUCGGUCCGCGGUGCGCGGGCGCUGUCGUAGCAAUGUCGCGGCGCCCUCUGGCUAGCCACUGGAGCGUUCCUGUUUCCGCUUCAGCGCCAGCCCCGAACCGCCGCCUCGUUUCCCUCGACGAUAUUAUAAGUAAUAGAAUCCAAAGAUACAUACAAAUGUCCAAUUGUAAUGGAAAUAAAACGUUUUCUUUAUGAAAGAUG